UUCCAAAACGUCUUGACAUUCCUUCACAACAAACAAUAUGACUGACAUUUCACAGGUGGAUGAGGGAGCAAGCCGAAGAAAGUUGCCUCCUCUUUCCCCUCGUGGAGAUAAGCCCACUGAAGACGGCACAAAGAAAGUGGUGAAAAAGAAGAAACCAAAAGCUACUAAUGAAUCGAUAGAGAAGGAUGAGCCUGCACAAGAUGGCGCACCCAGCAACAAGCCAACUAAACCAAAACGAAAAUCCAGACCACAAAGUUCUUCUCGGGGCGAAGGCGAAGAAAAAGAGACGAACGGUUCCGUAGUAAAUACUGAAGAAUCAUCUGCUCCUAAGAAGAAAAAACGAAAACCAAAGCCUAAAGAUGGAGACGAAGAAGCAGUUACCGACAGAAGUGUAACAGAAACAGGGGAGAAUGUAACUGGUAGUCAAGCCAGUUUAAUAGGAAAAGAAAAUGUUGACAAGGGGGAAACUCCCAAGAAAAAAGGCAAGAAAAAAAAGACGAAGAAAGGCAUUGAAAAAGAAGAAUUUGGUGACACAUUACUUGCAGCUGAUUUGACUUAUAUAGCGGAUGACGUGGUGGCAGAAAGACAAAAGGAAGAAGAUCGAAGUGAACCUCAUUUUAAAUCUUCAAAUAUUUUACGCAGUCAACCAACAGAAAAACUUUAUAUUGAAACAAAUCGUGGUUUUAAGGGUGAAAAUAAAUCGAAACUUGCCAAGAAAUGGGCAGAAGAGGAAGAAACGAAAGCUGAGGCAUAUGUGGAACCUUCGAGUAAAACAACCAUGGAAUUUGGUUUACAAACUCAUAAAGUGCUAAAAACUUUUUGCCUAUUUUUACAUGGCCUUCUGGCUGGUAUAGCACUGUGGCAUAUCAUUGUGGUGUAUAUAUUAAGUGUCCAUGAUAACACUGAUUUCUUGGAACACUAUCGCCCUCUAGCACUUCCUGUUCAGUGUAUGUUUUAUAUAUUGUUAGCACUGUGUACUGUCUCAGCUUGUGAUAGAUGUGAUGUUGGUAAUACCAGUGGUAGAUUUUUCCGUAAAGCUGUAUCUCUCCAAAAUACAGCUAUAGCCAUUUUAAUUUAUUUCCUGGCCUUAAUUCUUUCUCUCAGUAUCAUCUCUACAGAAGAUAAAAUAAAUCUGUUUAGUACAAAACCAGAAUUAUGGGAAAAUCCUCAGGAAUCUGAAAGUGAACUUUCAUUAUGGAAGACAUUGAAUACAGUUCGCGGUGUGGCCGUUAUACUAGGUUGGGUUGUUUUAGCCAUUGCACCAAACUCAGAUCGCCUUGGUGAUAAUCUUCGCGAAGGAGAUGACGAUGAAAUACUCGGAAAAGAUGUAGAGUUGUCAGGAAUAACUUCAGCUUAGUAUCAGUAUUAAUAUAGGCCUUAGGCCUUAUUUAUGAGACUCCCCAGCAGGACAUAUUAAUAUAGUAUAGCCAGGGCUGAAACCCUUAUUUAUUUAUACAGUUCAAAUUGUAGUACAUACAUAUAAAAUCUCCAGAAGGAGAUCUGUUAAUUAAAGUGUAAGUUGCUUCUGAUGUCAUUGACAUUAAAAGGAUUUUCAAAAGGAUGAAGGGGCUGAAAUAGUCUGCAGGCCUACUUAUGAGUAAACCAUUUAGAUAUUGACACUCCAGCAGUGUAUAGGCAUUAUUUAUGUAUCAACAUUCCAACAGGAGACAGGCCUUAUUUAUAUAUAGACACUCCAACAGGAGAUGUGGUAAUAUAGGCUUUAUUUAUAUACAUAAACGUGGGACAUUUAGUUUAGUGAGCGAAUGUCUUACUCAUUGAACCACCGUGGCUCCAGAUAAACAAAAGAAGCCUAUAUAUAUAUAGUACAAAUAAACCAGGUACCUUUAAAUGUUUUUAUUGGGUGUCAUCUAAAAAAAAACACCCAUUUUGUGGACCAUGUCCAUAGUUCCAGGGCAGUUAUUAGGUUACAUGGGUAUAUUUUAGGUAGUAAUACAGUAGGUUAUAUUAUAUAUGCUGUUACUAGAAUUAAUAUUUGUCCAAGGUUGUACAUUCGGAAUGAAUAUAUAUUUUAUAUAAUUUUGUUUUAAUGUACAUGGUGAUACUCUUAAUAAAACAGUAAUCCUGUAUAUCCGUCCAAAUAAAUUUGUAUGUAAAUUUUUA